CAGCCCUGCCAGCCGUCUGCACUGUGAGGAUUCUGCACCCACCCUGAGAGGUCCCCCACUGAGGCGCGGGGGCUGGUCCUCAGGAGCCCCCCACCGAAGCCAUCUCAGACUAAGCUCCGCAGUGGGUGUUCUGGGCUGAGAACUUGCCCCACAAAUGAUACCCACAGGGAACAUUUAGAAUGAGAGGUUGCACAGAACUGCCCCACAUCUGGGAGACUGAAAGACAACCCUACGGAAAGUGCCUGACCCCAGAGCUCCGCAGGGGGGAAUCAGGAUGCCCGAGAGACCCUGCGGAGCUGCCCAGCAGCUUCCACCACCGACCCCUCCACCCCUUGGGGCUCCGGAGCCUCCCUCUGCGCUCCCUCCCCUCCUCUGCCAUCCUGAAGUGGCGCCUGCUGCAGCCCUCCCUGGUUGCUUUAUUUAUUUAUUUUGCACCAACAGGGUUGCUGCAGACUCAUUCUUGCCUGGUUUAAAAAGAGAGAGAGGAAAAAAAAAAAAAAGGAGAAAUGCUUUCUGGCUCUUCUCUCUACCUCGGUCUUGGCAGCAGCCGUUGCAGCAGCAACAGCAGCAGCGGCGGGCAGGGGGGCAGCGGGCAGAGAGGCGCAACGGGAGGUGCGGGGCAGAGGUGCAGCUCGAGUGGGGCGGGCCCCCAGCCCCGCACAGAGGCAGUGCCCAACUUGAUGCCACCCUCCAGCUUCUCUGGUAAGUGCACCUACCUCCUGUCCCAGAGCUGCAGCUGCCCUUCUCCAUAACGUUCUCAGAGACAAGGCCAGACCCGUCAAGACUAGAGGGUCUGUGCCCACCCCAGGCCCAGCCAACCGUCGAUCCUGGCCCCAUAGGACUUUGAUGGGAAAACUAAGAUGGCCCAGGUUCUCCAGAGGGAAGGACUCCAAGCAGACCUCCCUCCAUUUCCCGGGUGCUCUCUCUACCUCUGGGAAGGGUUUUCCUGCAAUCCGUGUGGAUAUUCCAGAAAUCUUACCUCCAAGAGAGAGCCCCCUCCCGGUGUAGGUCCCCAUGCCUCACUCAGGUCUGCUUUAAAGAGGAUAUCCAGGAUCAGACGUGUCUCUGGACUGCCACAUAGAGACAAGAAGAAGAAAGCUCCCUGUUCCUUGAGGGUGAUGCCCCAGACCCCAGCCCAUACAAGGAGAGAAAGUAGUGGUCCUGACACCUAUCUCUUCCUGCAAAGUGGCUGGAAGCCAGUCCUGUAGCCGUGGAGAUUGGCAAGGGAAGUUUAUGAUUACAUUAGCGACCUUUAAAGAGAAGGGGCCAGAUCCCCAGCCCCUGGCCCAGCGGGCUUCGGCGACUAAGAGGACAUUCACAGGAGUGGCAAGGAGGGAAGCUAGGUUACACGCUUCACUGCACUUUUGCUGAAUGCAGGAAAGAAGGAUGAGCAGGAACUGCAGCAGUAGUGAUAAAGAGCCAGCUGUCAGGUGGACUUACCAGGGGAAUGAGGGUGGCUGGGACAUUGCUCUGCCUGGAGAACUCUUAGCAUGCCAGCCAUGCCUGUUAGGUUGGGAUUGGGAACAGAGGAGUCUGCUCAGCAGCCUCUGCCGUGCCAUUCCUUCUCAUGCCCAAGCCUCAGUGUGGUGUCCUACGUCCCUCUGCUCUUUGGGCCUCUUUCUUCAGUUUCUGAACUACUACAGUCCUCUGAAUUAGCUAUAGGGUAGCCACCAGAACGAUCCUUCUAGGAGAGGGCAUAGAAUGGGAAAUAAAGGGGAAGAAAUCACACCAUCUCUUAAACUGCCUCUCCUAAGUUCCACCUGGGAGAAAAUGGGCCGUGGGGUAGAAAGCUGACCCUGUAGGGCCCAGAAAGCCUGAGGCCUGAAAGGUCAAAGGUGAUUGGGAUCUGCAGCUAGAAAGAAACCGAGGCCUUCUGCCUCAGUUGGCUCUGUUGGUCCUAUCUCUGUAGCAUCCCUUGCCAAUUCCAAUACCUCCCCUCCCUUGGGGUCCCUGUUGUCACUAAACAGGGUGAGUCUAUGGGACCUCUUCUCCUCCAUCACCUCAGUCAGGCUCCAGUGGUCAUCCGCCUGAUUUUGCCCAGGCCCCUGGCACCCAGAAACCACUUUAAGUUGACAGGCUGUGCACACAGACUGUGCCCAGAGAGCUGCUGUGCCAGCCAAGGGCUCCCUUGGUCCCCACCAUAGCGUCUGGCCAGGCGCUGUCUCUCCUCACUUGUCUAUGCCUACCUGGCUCUCAGUCUGUCUGUUGUGUUUUUCUCAGGCAGCAGAGGCCAAAGGGGACAAGAGAUCUCCCUCAGACUCACACACUAGGCUUGAAUCAAAACACCACGAAGGAGGGGUAUGAGAGAAGCCUAAGUCUGAGGACCAAGCAACAAAACUGGGGCAUCUCUUGGGUCCCUCACACCCUAAUGUCACCUAUAGGGGAGGCGGGGUUGCCCUUGGGGUUCUUGUGAGGGAUCCACGUGCCCCCUGCAUCCUGUGCUAUAUCUAAUGUGCAGCUUGGCUGUCGUCCACAAGGUGUUCUGGGGAGAUUGGGUCUUGUUAGUCUGGGGCCUCAGGCCCUGGGCCAGGCUGGAGGAGUGCAGAGAGGCAAUAAGUGGAGCCUGGGGGACAGAGCUGAGGCCCACAUGCUUCCCAGCCUUGGAUGACUUAGUCAAGGUGAUGCCUGUCUCCAAUCAGGAUCCAGGGAUAUGAUCCCCCUUAGGCCGUAGACAAAGCUGUGGGUAGAUAACCUGGGAGAAGGGUGGGCAGAGAGGGACAGAGCAGAGAUUGGGAGAGCAGCUAUCAGGGAGAAGGGACCUGAGGUAUUUCUGGAUCUCACAGAUGUAGGGAAACUCAAAAGUUACUUCCCUGUUGCUUCCUGUCUCCCUCCCCUAAAACUUUCCUCACUUGACUAGGGUUCCAUGAGCUAGUAAGCACUUGGCCUGUUACCCAGGUUGGGAGGGGGAGGAAAGUACAGAGUCCCCUUAGAGGAGCUCCAGAAGGCUCCAGGGAGGUGUGCACCAGAAUUCCUCCCAGAUCUGCACCCUAGUUGCUGGCCAUGCUGAGAUGGGUAGCUCAAUAUCUCUCUUUCCUCUAAGGAGGCCCAGGGAAGUCCAGGGUCCCCAUCAUCUGAAGCCACUUUCCAAUAAGGGCCAUGUCAUCGUCUAUUCCAGGAUUGAAGAGGGGAUGGCUGCGGCCACUACUCCAAAGCAAGCCUGGCCCCCCAUAUUUUUCUUGCUCCUCCUGUCUGGGGGCAGUAGCGGCGGCUGCCCUGCUGUGUGUGACUGUACCUCCCAACCCCGGGCAGUGCUCUGUGCCCACCGGCGACUGGAGGCUGUACCAGGGGGACUCCCGCUGGACACCGAGCUCCUGGACCUGAGUGGGAACCGCCUAUGGGGGCUUCAGCGGGGAAUGCUCUCCCGCCUGGGCCUGCUCCAGGAACUGGACCUCAGCUACAACCAGCUGUCCACCCUCGAGCCAGGGGCCUUCCAUGGUCUGCAGAGCCUGCUCACCCUGAGGCUGCAGGGCAACCGUCUGCGAAUCGUGGGCCCCAGGGUCUUCUCAGGCCUGUCUUCCCUCACGCUGCUGGACAUUCGCCUCAACCAGAUUGUACUCUUCCUCGAUGGAGCUUUCGGGGAGCUAGGCAGCCUCCAGCAGCUGGAGGUUGGGGACAACCACCUGGUGUUUGUGGCUCCGGGAGCCUUUGCUGGACUGGCCAAGCUGAGCACCCUCAGCCUGGAGCGCUGCAACCUCAGCACCGUGCCUGGCCCGGCCCUGGCCCGCCUUCCAGCGCUAGGGGUCCUAAGGCUCCGAGAAUUAGAUAUUGGGAGGCUGCCGGGAGGGGCGCUGCAAGGGCUGGGGCAGUUAAAGGAGCUGGAGAUCCAUCAUUGGCCACCUCUGGAGGCUCUGGAGCCUGGGAGCCUGACUGGGGUCAAUCUCAGCAGCUUGGCCAUCACCCGCUGCAACCUGAGCUCGGUGCCCUUCCAAGCGCUGCGCCACCUGAGCUUCCUCAGGGUCCUGGAUCUGUCUCAGAACCCCAUCUCUGCCAUCCCGGCCCGGAGGCUCAGCCCCCUGGUGCGGCUCCAGGAGCUCCGACUGUCAGGGGCAUGCCUCACCUCCAUCGCUGCCCACGCCUUCCAUGGUUUGACUGCCUUCCACCUCCUAGACGUGGCGGAUAACGCCCUUCAGACACUGGAGGAAACAGCCUUCUCUUCUCCAGACAAACUGGUCACCCUGAGGCUGUCUGGUAACCCCCUGACCUGUGACUGCCGCCUCGUCUGGCUGCUCCGGCUCCGCCGCCGCCUGGACUUUGGCACAUCCCCCCCUGCCUGUGCCGGCCCCCAGAACGUCCAGGGGAAGAGCCUGAGGGAGUUUUCAGACAUCCUACCUCCAGGGCACUUCACUUGCCAACCAGCCCUGAUCCGAAAGUCCGGGCCACGAUGGGUCAUUGCAGAGGAGGGGGGGCAUGCCGUUUUCUCCUGCUCUGGAGAUGGAGACCCAGCCCCCAUCGUCUCCUGGAUGAGGCCUCAGGGGGCUUGGCUGGGAAGGGCCGGGAGAGUAAGGGUCCUGGAGGAUGGGACGCUGGAGAUCCGCUCUGUGCAGCUACGGGAUAGAGGGGCCUAUGUCUGUGUGGUCAGCAAUGUAGCUGGGAAUGACUCCCUGAGGACCUGGCUGGAAGUAAUCCAAGUUGAACCACCAAAUAGCACUCUCUCUGACCCCAACAUCACCAUGCCAGGGAUCCCAGGGCCUUUCUUCCUGGAUAGCAGAGGCAUAGCUAUGGUGCUGGCAGUUGGCUUCCUCCCCUUCCUCACCUCGGUAACCCUGUGCUUUGGUCUCAUUGCCCUCUGGAGCAAAGGCAAAGGCCGGGUCAAACAUCACAUGACCUUUGACUUUGUGGCACCCCAAGCCUCUGGGGAUAAGAACUCUGGGGGUAACCGGGUCACUGCCAAGCUCUUCUGACCUUUCCUUCCACACUGGGGACCCAUCCAAGCCAGCUUCAGAUACCAAAGGGGAAGGGAACCAAGGCUGCUUGGACCAGAAGCUAGUCCCAAACAGCAUAGAUCUCCCACGCCUCCUGCCUGCACCAUGCCAGCAGCUAAUGCCGCCUCCUGAUAGCCGGCCUCCCUGUGCUUUUGCAGUUUGAGGAUAGCAUUGUCAUCUCUUCCCUGAGGGUCCCAGGAAGCUGAAGAUAUAGACCCUGUAGUCAGCCCAGUCCUCCCCCCACCACAUACAAAGCAGGAAAUAUAACCCUCCAGGCUGCUAGUCUAAGCUCCAGGCUUCCUUCACACCCACCUACACAUACCUUAAUAACCAAUACCAAUCGCCAACCACAGCAAUAGAUUACUUCAGAGAUGGGGCUGGGAAGUGCCACUUGCUUCUUGGAGUCUCUGCUCCUCAACCAGGUGGUCUCUCUCUCUCUCUUUCCUGCUCUGUCCCCUCUCUAGGGGCAAACAACUAGGGCCAAUGACCUCAAGCUAAGGAGAAGAGGAUGUGACAGGGGAGUGUGAGACGGGAAGGAGGACAGACUACACACUGGCACUGAGUGUGCAUGAGCCCCACCACCUGCCUCUGUCCGUCACAGCAUUAAACCUGUUGCCAAAAGGCCAUGACAGUA